UAUUUUUCUUUUUAAUUUCAUUCCAAUUUUUUUUUAACUUUUAAUUACUGUAACAGGAUUGGUGGAUCUGGUAUGGACCUCAGAAGCAAAGCAAGGACUCUGCCAGGACCCGUUAGUGACCCUUCAAAGCUUCCCAAGUGGAAUUAUGAUGGUUCCAGCACUGGUCAAGCCCCUGGAGAAGAUAGCGAAGUCAUUUUAUACCCUCAAGCCAUUUUCAAGGAUCCAUUUAGAAGAGGCAACAAUAUUUUGGUAAUAUGCGAUGCUUACACUCCCGCCGGAGUACCGAUUCCAACAAACAAGAGGGCUGCUGCUGCAAAGAUAUUCAGCCAUCCUGAUGUUGUUGCUGAAGUACCCUGGUACGGCAUUGAACAGGAAUACACCUUGUUGCAGAAAGAUGUCAAGUGGCCGCUUGGGUGGCCUGUUGGUGGUUAUCCGGGACCUCAGGGGCCAUACUAUUGUGCUGCUGGUGCUGACAAAGCCUUUGGGCGUGACAUUGUUGACUCGCAUUACAAGGCCUGCCUAUACGCAGGCAUCAACAUUAGUGGGAUCAACGGUGAAGUCAUGCCAGGCCAGUGGGAAUUUCAAGUUGGUCCUUCUGUCGGCAUAUCCGCGGGAGAUGAACUAUGGGCUGCUCGUUACAUUUUGGAGAGGAUCACAGAGAUUGCUGGGGUGGUGCUUUCUUUUGAUCCCAAGCCAAUCCAGGGUGAUUGGAACGGAGCUGGUGCUCACACAAAUUACAGUACCAAGUCCAUGAGAGCUAAUGGAGGCUUUGAAGUCAUCAAGAAAGCCAUUGAAAAGCUGGGACUAAGGCACAAAGAACACAUUGCUGCAUAUGGAGAAGGCAAUGAACGCCGUUUAACAGGAAAGCACGAAACAGCUGAUAUCAACACUUUCAAAUGGGGUGUUGCAAACCGCGGUGCCUCAAUCCGUGUUGGAAGAGACACAGAGAAAGAGGGCAAAGGCUAUUUUGAGGACAGGAGGCCGGCUUCGAACAUGGAUCCAUAUGUUGUCACUUCGUUGAUUGCAGAAACCACCCUUGUGUGGAAGGCAUAAGCUCUCUCAGCUACACGCCUGUGGUUGUGACAAUAUCACCAUAUCCUUCAAUGGGGUUGGAAAUGUGUUCUACCAGAUCCUUUUUAGCAGGAUCCUUCUGUGUCUUAGCUACUUACUAGAAUUAGCCUUGUCUUCAAUUUGUAUUGCGUUUUUCAUUUUCCCCUGUAUUAAAGGGUGCCAAGAUGAGGUCAUUGCUUCAUUGCCUCAUGAUUAAGCCCGUUGUCUUCAAUAAGUAUCUGAUAUGGAUAACAUGUUUCAAAGGGCUGGUUUUAAUUGGGAUUUUUGUUUUUGUAUAAUGUAAUUUUAAUAUAA